UCACUAUUGAUUUAUUGGAGGGCACGAAAAAAUGAUAUCUUUGUUUAAUUUGUAAGUUUUCGUUCGAAUUACUGAUUAGGUGAUGAUUAUAGAAUUAUAGAAUGAUUUUGGAAGUUGAAUCGAUGUUUAAGUUGACUUUAGUAGUUGCUGGGCUGAUUAUUUCAAUCGUGAUUUUUUCAAUCCAAAAAUUUGGGUUUGUUUUAAUUUAUAUUAUUAUAGGUACGGAUAAAUUUAUGUUUAAUUAUAGACAUGCAUGUGAAGGGAUUAAUAUUUGACGGCUUGAUGACUUAUUCUCAGUUUGGAACUUGAUAUGAUUGUUAAUAGGAGUAGAAGGCAUGGAGAACAGCUUUAUUUAGCUAAUUCAUGACAUGGAAGGUUGUUUUUGAUCGGUUUCUUGAAUAGUCAAUUGCUUAGGUUUAUUUAAUUAUAGGGUAGGACAAUUAGACUUGUUCUGAAAUGACAUAGUGAGCACGUUUUGGUUCUUAGGAGAUGGAUUAUUUCUGUACAAAGUUUGUUGAUUAGUUUAUACAAUGACCGGCUGAAAAGAGAGGGGGAAGCCUGCAUAAUGAUGCUGAUGUUUGAAACAACUGUAAGAGAAUCUACUUAAUUCAUUAUUCUCUGUUCAAGAGGGGAGUAAAAGGUGUUCCUCUACUCCUCUUUUUCCUUUAGGGGGGUAGACGUUCAGUAAUGCUGUAACGAGAUAGUUUGUUAAUUCUUUCGAAAUGUCAUCGCCACCCCCAUCAACUACGCCUCCUCCUCCGGUCGUGGACCCGUCGCCUCCUCCUCCGGUCGUGGACCCGUCGCCUCCUCCUCCGGUCGUGGACCCGUCGCCUCCUCCUCCUAUCGUGGACCCGUCGCCUUCUCCUCCGGUCGUGGUCCCGUCGCCUUCUCCUCCGGUCGUGGUCCCGUCGCCUACUCCUCCGGUCGUGGACCCGUCGCCUACUCCUCCGGUCGUGGACCCGUUGCCUUCUCCUCCAGUCGUGGACCCGUCUCCUUCUCCAGCCCCGGUCCCGUCGCCUCCUCCUCCUUCCCCGAUCCCGUCGCCUCCUCCUCUAGCCCCGGUCCCGUCGCCUCCUCCUCUAGCCCCGGUCCCGUCGCCUCCUCCUCCUCCUCCUCCAGCCCCGGUCCUGUCACCACCUCCAGCUCCUGUCCCCUCACCUCCAGUUCCAGUUCCCUCACCUCCACCUCCAGUUCCCUCACCUCCAGCUUCGGUACCGUCACCUCCAGCCCCGGUUCCGUCACCUCCAAGCCCUUCUCCUCCUCCUCUCAGCCCAUCUCCUUCUCCCCCUAGCCCUCCUUCUCAGCCACCAAGCAGUGCACCUCCCCCAACUUUGCCACCACCUUCACUUCUAAGCCCACCUCCAUCACCAUCACCACCAACAUCUCAACCUCCACCCCUGUCUCCACCGAUCGUAUCUCAGAGUCCUCCACCUCUUAGUUUGAAUCCGACUAGGCCUCCACCGUCCUCACUUGACAUUCCGCCUCCACCUAGUUCAUCACCUCGUACACAAACUGGCCUUAUUGUGGGUGUUGCAGUAGGGGGUGUAGUAGUAUUGGCUGUGUUUGGCCUUCUGUGGCUGCUCUUUGCUAGAAAGAAGAAAAGGAACGAUUCAUAUGGAGCAGAAGGAUAUUACGUACCUAGAGAUGGCUUUUAUCAAGGGUCAGCUCAAUCUGGGCAACAGGGUAAUCCCCAGUCAACUGAACAUUAUUCAAUGAGCAAGCCAUCUCCUGUAACACUGACUGCGGUACCAUCAAGGUCGAAUUCUUCAACAGCACAACCACUGUCUACUGGCAGUGGAGGUUUCUGGUCAAACAGUUCAGGGCCGGAGAGCUCAAUUCCACCAUCUUCGCAUGGGAUUGUGUUAGGAAGUGCGUCGACGACUUCCUUUACUUUUGAAGAACUUUCUGUCGCUACAAAUGGCUUCUCAAACAACAAUAUCCUAGGACAAGGUGGUUUUGGAUAUGUCCAUAAAGGGAUCCUCCCAAAUGGGAAAGUAGUAGCUGUGAAAUCACUAAAAGCUGAUAGUGGGCAGGGAGAGCGUGAAUUUCAGGCAGAAGUGGAGACUAUUAGCCGAGUGCACCACAAACAUCUUGUUUCAUUGGUUGGAUAUUGCGUCACUGGUCCCCAGAAAUUGCUGGUUUAUGAAUUUCUUCCAAACAAGACCAUGGAGUUCCAUUUGCAUGGGAAGGGACAACCUGUUAUGGAUUGGCCUACAAGGCUAAGGAUUGCUGUUGGUUCUGCGAAAGGAUUGGCGUAUUUGCAUGAGGACUGUCAUCCAAAAAUUAUUCAUCGGGAUAUUAAAGCAGCUAAUAUACUUCUGGAUUUUAAUUUUGAGGCGUUGGUAGCUGAUUUUGGACUGGCAAAGUUUACUUCUGAUGCCGACACUCAUGUGUCCACCCGAGUUAUGGGAACUUUUGGGUACCUGGCCCCAGAGUAUGCUAAUUCAGGAAAGCUCACUGAGAAGAGUGAUGUUUUCUCUUUCGGAGUAUUACUUUUGGAAUUAGUUACAGGGCGUCGCCCAGUUGACUACUCCUCACAUGCUGAGAUGGAGGACAGUUUGGUGGACUGGGCUAGACCACUACUUUCCAAAGCCAUGCAAGAUGGAAACUUUGAUCCAUUAGUUGAUCCACGGUUAGGAAACAGUUAUGACUAUGAAUUAAUGGGCUCCAUGAUUACUUGUGCUUCUUCUUGUGUGCGCCAUUCUGCGAAACGCAGACCACGAAUGAGUCUGGUUGUUCGGGCUCUAGAAGGAAAUCUUUCGCUAUCUGAUCUCAAUGACGGUGUUAAACCCGGAUUUAGCUCAUCCCUUGAUUCUGCUGACAUGGAUAGUGGCGUAGACAAGGAAGAUGAAAAGAAAUUCAGGAAACUGGUGUAUCUAAGUGAAGAUUAUGGUACCAGCGACUUUAGUAGGACAAGAAGCCAGUUUAGUGAUGGUGGAUUGUCAGUGUCAAGUAGUGAGAUGCGGCGCCCUACAUGAAGACAUUCGUGGGUGGACAGCGCACUUAAUCUUGAGAGAGUUCUGCUAAUUUCUUGUAUGCAGAGAAAACUGGCAAUUUUUUUAACAUGAUUUUGAUUCUAACUUUUUUCCAUCACUUGCCCCAUUGAUGUAUCUAUUUAUUCAUUUAUUCAAUUUGUAAUUUGUAUCUACUACUGCCCAGUGCCCACCAUGAUAAUCCAUGAACAAAGCUGGGCAGCUCUGUUUAGUGAUGAAUUAACACGGAUUUGGACUCGUAUGAUCAUUGUAACUUCAUCGCUUGAUUUGGUAUUAGAGAGAGUGUGAAACUCUGUUUGUA